AUGUCACUUAGAACUCUUACUGCAGCCUGUCACUGCAAAAGCAUCAACUUCACCAUCACCAUCCUCGCAGAAUUAUUCCCCCUCAAAGUUCACAUUUGCCACUGCAGCGUCUGCCGCCGCACCCAUGGCACACCAUGCAUAUUUCACGCUCCACUCCCAGACGGAGUCGCACCGCAGUUCAUUGUCCCAUCUAACAUGUCGAUGUUGACAUCGUAUAAUCAUGCUGAAUCUAUGGGCACCAGGCACUUCUGCAGUACUUGUGGUUGUCAUGUGGGAGACUUAGGACAUGAUGAUGGCAACUGGGUGAUUUCUACAGCUAUUUUUACUGAACCGAACCACAAUUUAUGGGAAAUGCGCUCGCAUACUUUUACAAAGUCUUCAUCCGACGGUGGUCUUUCGGCGAUACUUUCGCACAUCGAUGGACGCCAGCUUGACGUCUUUAAUCCCGAUCUCUUGACCGAUAAUAACAAUAGCGAACACGGCCAGAAAGACGCAGAGGCAGAGUCGAAAAAGUUACUCGCCAAAUGCCAUUGCGGCGGAGUCUCGUUCUCCAUUUCCCGCCCCAGACCAGAUUUCAUCGCCAGUCCCAGAAGUAAAGGAUGGAUCUUGCCACAGGAUCCAAACAAAUGGCUCGCUGUUCUCGACAUCUGCGAUGAUUGUCGACUGGUUGAUGGGUCAAAUGUCAUAGCUUGGAUGUUCGUGCCGACUGAUCACAUCUCCCCACACCCAGGAGAUUUAAUCAUCGGAUCUUCUAAAAGCUACAAAUCCAGUGAGGGUGUGCUACGUACUUUCUGUGGGACUUGUGGUGCCACGGUAUUUUACAGCUGUGCCGACCGGCCCGGGAUUGUCGAUGUAGCGGUUGGGAUUUUGCGGGCCGAGGGGGUGAUGGUUGAGGAUUGGGCUUUGUGGAGAACUGGCCGGAUGACGUCUGCUGCUGAUGGAUUGAAGUAUGAUCCUGCAUUUGGUAAAGCAUUGAUUGAGGGAUUCAAACUAUGGGGAGAACAGAGAGGCAUGCCGGAGGAUUUUAUUUUACCCUGA